CCUCUAUAAUUCCACAUAAUUGCAACUGACUAUCGCAAUGGCUGAAUCCAGUGAAUCCGGGCCUGUCGUGCGGGCCACCAAGCCCGUCAGCGAGGCUUUGCUUAACGAGAAGUGGGACCGCGCCAUCUCCUCUGUGAUCAUCAAGUCCUCCCUUGGUCUGUCUUUCGGUGUUGUCUUCUCGGUGCUCCUCUUCAAGCGGAGAGCUUGGCCCGCGUGGGUUGGUCUCGGCUUCGGUGCCGGACGUGCCUGGGAAGAGGCUGAUGCCUCCUUCCGCCGUGGUGAUUCCCCUAUCAGAGAUGCCCUGCGCCGCUAA